AAUGUUAAAACUAGCUCUUUGUGUAUUGUUGGUGCUUGGUGCAACAGCCAUCAAUGUCUAAUCCUCCAUCUGGACUAAUCGUGACUAAAAGGCUCUUGCUUAAAUUCACUCAUCUGGUUGGGGAAAGUUCAUUUUGAAUUAUGCUGAACUCCAUAUGUCAACAGGAGGUAUUCUCUCUGAACUCAAUAGCGAAAUUGAAAAACUCGUAAACUUAUAUCAUUAAUAAUUAAGGUUGGUGAAUUAGAAGAAGAAUUAGCUGGAGUUCAUCACGAAUUUAACAGAAGAACUGACGUUCAUAACAGAGAAGUAUCAAGACUUGAAUAAGAAAUCUAAGACAAAGAAAGAGGUACCCAUUCUUUUUGAUCCUUUUUAGAACUCUUCAAUGCUCAUGAUUUCUAUGAUAAUGUCCUUAUCCCAUAAAGAGAUAGAUUUGCUGCCUAACUUGAAUAAUUAUAAGAAAACAUUGCCCAUAACAGAUAAACUCUUGAAUAAGCAACAGUCUAAAGAGAAAAUGAUCACGAGACCUUUGAAGCUGAAGUUGCAGAACAUAAUGAUGCUAUUAGUGCCAUUGAUGAAUGUCUCUAAUUAUUGAGCACAAUCACAGCCCCAUCUCUUGCUUAAAUCAAGAAGGUUUAAAAGAACCUCACCAAAAUCCAAAACUCAUUGAAAAAGCACAACUAAUUCCAAAUCUUUGUUAAAGUACUUUUGGAAAUCACAGUUGAAUCUAACUUUGCUGAUUAAGGUGCUCUCAGAGAUGUAAAAUAUAUUUUCAUUCUUAGAUUGUUGUAGCUUUCAAUAACUUGAGAGUUGAAUUAGUUGAUUCUCUCAACUAAAUCACAGCUGAUGAAGCUUAAGCUGUUGCUGACUUCAAUGCAUAAGUUGCCUAAUUGAACUAAGAGCAUGCUGAAUUCUAAAGAGCUGUUGUUGUAAAGAAUGCUGAAAUCGAAGCCAAUGCAAGUACUAUUUACAUAUCUAAUUCAUUUAGCCAAGAUUGAAUAAACCCUUGACCUUAUCGAUGAACUCGAUGCUGAUUUAGCAACCCUCAAUGGAUAAUUAUAAGCUGAAAAUGAUGACUAUGCCUUUGCAACUGACGUCUACAAUUCAACCGUUGCAGAAUACAACAAAGAAAUCAAUGCUGCCAACCAAGCCUUAGAAUUGCUUAACUAACCAAGAUUUUAAGAUUAUGUUAAAUCAUAACUCAAAGGAGCAUGAU